AUGACAGAAGUAAUCGAAUUCUCAAGUGUUAUGGUCAUUGCUUGGAAAUGUAAUUUGAAUGGAGUUUAUUGAAAUGGAAACAAAAUUGCAAACCCAAUAAAUAUUAACAAAAUUGAAUGUAACUACAACAAAACAAAAAUCAACGAAAAAACAAUAAUAUUUUCCUCUAGAAAUAACAUUACGUAGUGUGAACAUGAGUCCUAGAAAUGUGCCUUUGUGUUGCUACACAUUAAAUUAGAGACCAAAUCGCAUAGAAUAUAUAUAGAAGAAAAAAACCAAUUGGAAUCGAAUUUACCUAAAAAUAAAAUAAAACGCUGCUUGAGUUUGAAAAAAAAAUUAAUUAAUUAAGGCCAAGAAACCACUGAAUCUAAAAGCGUGAGCCUAGUGGACCCUGGACAAUCGCCUAAGCAAUAGAUAACAUUUUUACGACGCCAACCAAGAUCAUAAAGUAUCAGGAAGAAAUUAAUGACGUUACUUGGGCCUAGCGCCCCUGGUAUGGCCUUUAUGAAAAAAAAAUAUAGAUUUAAUGUGGAAGUGAAUCUUCAAGAUUUGGUAGAGGUAGCACUCGUUAACGAGGUACUCUUUGCUAAGAUACGAUUAUUGGAUGGCGGCUCAUUUCAAGAGUAUAGUAGCCGCGAGGAAGUGCGCAAUCAUCGGGUGGAAUGGAAUCGUAAUUUUGAGUUCCCAUGUAAAAUGAGCGCGAAUGCUUCUACCGGCGUGUUGGAUCCUUGUCAUUUGCGUAUUUCAAUACGAAAGGAAAUGAAAGGAGGUCGAAGUUAUUAUAAGCUAGGUUUUAUUGAUCUAAACCUCGCCGAAUAUGCUGGUGCUGGCCUAACUUCACGACGCUUUCUUCUCGAAGGUUAUGAUUCGCGUCAUCGUUUGGAUAACUCUAUGUUACGAGUUAGCAUAAAAAUGCAUAUGUUGAGCGGUGAUAUUCUCUUUAAAGCCCCAACGUCUAGUCUGAAGAGCAAGCAGUGUAAACCGGCAUCUGCGGACGAUGAUGCGUGCAGUGGGCUGCAAAUGCCAACAGCUGCGGUCUUACCCAAUAUUGGCAGUAGCGGUGGAGCUGCUAUUAUUCCUUUGGGGGGCGUUUCCAGUACGAUUUCAUCACCUGGCACUCGUCCCGUGUCUGUUGCCAAGGAUGAUGAUCAAGAAGUUCACAUAGCACCUAUUAUAGCAGACUCGGGAUUAUCCGAGUCCUCUGAAUCUGCAAUUACUCUAACCUCGGAUAAUUUACUACAACAUGUAAUAGCUUCUUCCAGUGCGGCAACACCAGUCAUAGUACCCUCUCAACCUGCCUUGUGCACCAUUGGAAGUAACAAUAAUGGGACCACACUCCCUUUGAAUGUUAGUGGACUCGGUAGCAGUGGGAGUGGCGGAAUUGGAGUAGUUAAUACAGGUGCUGUCACGGAAAUGGGUCAUUCCAGAAAUUCUAGUAAUACUAGUCAAAUGUCGAAAGGUUCGGGUUAUAGUAGUUUUUCUCAUAGUCAGCAUUCACGCCAGAGUUCCGAGGGUGACUCGAACCAUGCUAGAACUCUAAAUGCUAUGCAAUUGAAUAUACCAACUAAACGACACCAGAAUGAGAUAGAAAUGGCACAUAGUCAGGGGCUAGGAUUGGCACUUGUGCAUGAGCAUGAAUUAAUUCCUUCAGUUCUGCAAUCAACCAGUAAACCUCAGCCGCAUAAAUUAAAUGUUAGCCUAACGACACAUAUUGAAUAUGAGAACGAUGAUAUUUAUCUUACGCUUAAUGAAACGAUGAAUGACAGUCAGAAUCAUUCGAGCGUUGAGGACUUCAGCACGCCCAUUGCCGAUUUACCCCUGCCAAUUUUGCGGCAACCAAGUAUUACCCACAGCGUGUCUCCUUUAAACAUAACGCAGUAUUAUGACAAUGGGGAUACGAGCGAAUCAGAUGAAUGUCCCAAUGAAGAUUUCGGCGAUAACGAUUCCGGUUUGGAAGAGAAUUAUCACACGCCACGUGUGGCUAAAAUUAAAUCCAUGGAAAAUUUAUCCAUACUGGAAAUGGAGUUUCACAAGGCUUCAUUGGAACUGGACCGCAAUUCACCGCGCCGACUGAAGCAACUAUAUGAACAUGCUCAACUACCUAAAAUGAAGUCGCUAAACAAUCUUUGCUUUGAUAAUUAUUCCAAAAAGUUAUCACGCGAUGAGUUUCAAAGCAUAAAGGAAAAAUUAUAUUUGCAACCAUCGAGUUCUCCCACAUAUCUUCAUAUGUAUUAUAAUAGCAAUCUGCGUAACAAUUGCAUAACAUCAGAUGGAUCAUCGAGCAAAUUAUACGUCAAGAAUUCGCAGACACAUCUAAAACAAGCUAAGAUAGGCAAUGCUAAGUUUAUUGGUCAAGGGAGUAUCAGUGAGAAUGCGCAAAUGUCAUCCCAUUCUAUACACAAGAUACGUUCUAUGGGAACCAUUCCUGAUGCUCUUAGUGAAAGUGCUGAAUCUGAUCAGUUUCUAACACCUACUGCAGAAUGCAGGCCUAGCUUAAAUCGUCGAAUACAUUCUGCUGAUAGGUCAGCCUUGGCUAGUAGCUACGUAAAUCGUAUGCUCACGUAUAAUGUGAUCGAUUCGCCAACUGACUUCACGGAUUCCGAGACACUAAUGUCACAUACACCAUACGAACUUGCUUACCGCAGCAGGCUCCAGAGUGAUCCGUCGUCCACACUGUUGGUCACGCAGGAGUCUUACAUGGUCAAACCACGUUCUACGAGUGCUGUAAACGAUCUUAUGAGGAAUCCUAGCUCUGGUUCGUUAGUAAUAAGUGAAACUGGAUCUCUCGACCGCACGAAAAACAGUGGUGAGAAACGUAAGAAAGGCACUCUGGAUGAUAAGCCUCGAGUUUCGGAUCGAGUAGAAGAGACACGCGUCAAUCCUAACUCAUUAAUAGAUGAAAUUUUGAAAGACACCAAGCUUGACCAGCUACCUGAGUCUGCAGAAACGUCUGGUCUGCAGCUGUAUAUUGCUCGAGAUGGUACUGCCUCACUGGGUGGUCAUGAAGUAAAAUCAAGUGUGCGAUCGGGAGCUUUCAAGCAGGUUGUCAUGCAGGACCGAAGAUAGUUGAAUUAAUUUGUGAAAAAAUGCACUUCAGAACUACAACAAAAUCCAAAUAAUAUAUAAACUGUAAUUAUGUUGAAUUAAUACAUAUAGGAAUAAUUUAUAUAUGUAUGUACAUUUACAUUUUAAGAAAUUUCCACAAAAGUACAUAAGUAUGAGCGUAAUGACGCCAUUAUUAUCUAACUAGUUAAAUUUAUAAACAAUGUAUAAAAUGUAAGUGUAACAAUCGAACCGCAUAAACUACUAUAUACAAAUGUUAAUAAUUAGCGCACUUUUCGUUAUGCAUGCUUUUGACGAAUAAAUCGUAUGACAAAAAGAUUGAAUUUCUGGAAAAGUUGGGCCGAAGUCAAUUAUUCGAAACCAAUAUUCUUGUAGUUUGCAUAAUGGAAUAUUUUAACAUAUAUUCAUCCAACAUACUUCCGUAUUCAAAAAAAAAAAAAUGGAACCAAAUCCUUUUUCUUUUUGACAACAAAAAAAAAAACCAAACAUCAUGUUACAAAUUUAUUUAUCACCAAAAUUCUUACUUCUAAACAAAAAAAUGUAAUAAAAUAGGUACAAUUAAAUAAAAAUGAUUAAAUCAA